AACACAGGCAUGUUUCACCCCCAAAAGUAAAGGCAAAUAUGGGUGGAGAAGCGGGGGCACAGGGAUACGAGCCGAAACAAGCACUGGGAUUGUGCGAGAGAGAUUUUUGUGGCUGAGUGCCGGCCAACAAAGGCUUGGAGCCGUUGCCAAAAAGAUCGCUAUCUCUUGCAGUCCUCAGGGAUACAAAACGAUCAACAUUCCUUUGAAACAAGCGCAAUUACAUCAGAGAAAUAACUGUUGUUCGUUUCUCCUCCUAACAGCCAAAAAGGAAUGAACAACAAUCCUAGGAGUUGUGGGUUGCACGGUCUGAAGCUCCCCACAUCCUGCCAGGCGCUGCAUGGAGGUAGCCCCAAUCCUCUGAAGUCAAGGAGUAGAUAUUCACUCUACCAAGUUGAGGCGGCAUCCCUGACGUUUUUGGAAACCCCCCUAGCAUGUUGUAGUUGACCCUUUGCAGGUGACAGAAUGGAUUUGGCAAAAGCCUAGAUAUAAGGAUGAAAGGAAAAACUGCAGAAUGUGUAUGGAAACCUAUACCACAGAGCAAAUCUUCUCCAUGUGAUCGGUACAAACAUGCCUGCUGCAUCUGCAAAGGAUUUGUUUAUCUCCAUGGAGGACGGCACACCACCAAUCUUAGCGACUUUUGGCGGUACAGCAUUGAGAGCAACGAAUGGGAAAUGCUGCAUGGCUCAGGAGAUGGCCCAGAAGAACUGGAAGAACAUUCAAUGGUGGCUUAUCAAGGAAUGCUCUGUAUUUUUGGCGGGAUGUUGGAUUCUGCUUUCACACAGACGAAGGCCCCUCUCUGGAUGUACGACAUCGAUUCGGCAAGAUGGACCGAGUGCCGGCACACAGAAGCAGAGACUGAGAGCACAGCUCCAGCUAACAGGAAAGGCCACAGUGCAGUAGUGUACAGUUCCAGCAUGUACGUCUAUGGAGGAUACUUUGACAUCAAAGGAAUUUCGCAAGAGUUUUGGGCUUUAAGUUUUGAUACAGGAGAGUGGUCAUGUAUAUCUGCCCUAUCUCAUGACACUGGUCCUGGACCUCGGCAUGGUCACUCAGCUGUGGUUUAUAGCACAGGCAUGUACCUCUUUGGAGGACUGAUGGGGCUGAGUGAACAGAAGGAUCUAUGGAAGUGGGACUUUACAAGCAGAAACUGGUCCAGUAUUAGAACAAGCCAAGGACCUCCAAAAGUAGUGGGACACUCCUCUGUGGUCUUUAGAGACUCCAUGCUGAUUUUUGGCGGAGGGAUUUCGAGUUCCAGGCCUCAGAGCAGCCUGUGGAAGUACCAUUUCAGUUCACAGACGUGGAGCAAGCUGGCUCACACUGCAAAGGUAAACCUGUCCUCUAAAACGUAUCACUGCAUCCUUGGACUUGGCAGCGGUUUCCAGGUGGCCCCAGAGGCCUCUUGUGCAUCCCCUAUUAAUCACUGGAGUGAAAAAUACAAAGACCAUCGGAAGCUGCUGCCCGUCUCGAAGCAGCAGGCCUGUUUUGGCAGGUACUUUCGCCAGCAGCCGGCUUACAAAGCCUUCAGCAACGAGGAUGUCAGUGAGAUUGAAAUGAAAACGUUUAGCCAGCCUCUGGAGCCCCUGGGCUUGCGCGCGUUUCAAACCUCUGCAGAUACAGAACUCUGUGCAAAGAAAACCGAGAGCAUGUCGUCCAAAAACAAGCACCUUUCUCACCUCACCUCUUCAGAAAAAGAUUUUGUUGCUGCUGAGGUUAUUGAGAAAAGGAGAGGAACUGAGCAUCAGCCCGUGAGCCCAACGGACCUAGCCAAUAGCAGCCAUCCCGAUAUUCUGCUCCUCAUUGGAGGCAAGCCUCUGUCUGGGCUCUGUGAAAUCUCCCUCUGGUACAUGGAGGUGGACAGCAUGUCUGUGGCCCACACAUAACGGGGGUGCUGUCUAUCUGGUCUGAACAAGAGUAACCAGGAAGUAUUAGCACAGCUUGCCUUCUGCAUGCUCAGGGUAAAAAGUCUUCCAAGCUUCUGACCCCGAAACAGCUUUUCAGUCCCUAUUUGUGCCAUUGGUCGGGUGCUGCGGAUAGACUCUGAAGUAGGUGAAAGCAAAAAUCACAGCAGAUCUCCUUGCCCUAAGAGACAAACAUUGAAGUCCUGAUGCCCGUGAAAUUACUAGCAACCUUGUCUUCUGGUUACUUGCAAGUGUGGCCAAUAUUAUAGGCCAAUGGCCAGCAACCUUUUAAGGCUGCAGGGCUGGAUUGACCCAGCUCAGGUCAGAGGUGGGUUGGUAGGUGCCCAUCAUUGCUGCCUUUUCCUGCACCUGCCAGGGAAAAGUGAUGAUGUUCAUGUAUUUUCUCCAUGCUGGCAGGAGGGAAAAGCAGUGGUAGCGGGUGGGUCCCAACACCCUCCCACCCAGCAAGAUGGUCCAAGAUGGGGGGGUGUGGGGGGGGGAGGGGUGUGCCUUCCCUUUGGUGGGGGAAAAAAAGUAGCAACAGCAGGCACAGGAGAAAGCAACUGUUACUGAAGCCCCCCAGUGUCAAAUGCCACUAAAGCCCCGUGUCUGAGGGCUGGAUCAAAAGGCUCCUCAGUCUGUAGGCUGCCAACUCCUGCUGUGUUAUUUAUUAAGGGUCUUUUAUUCCUAACAAGGGUUACUUGUACUGUAAGUUACACAGAGAUGGAAGGCAACGACUUGACUUGCGUAGUGCAGCCUCAUCAAAAUCCACAGUUUGUGUAAGUUAGGGCACAGUCAGAUCUGAGGUUAUGGCACCAUGUCCAGAAACUCUCUGAAACUGCUCUUUUUAAAAAGUGCUAAAUGCCUAGCAUUUAAGGGACAGACUGCACAAGGUGAACAGGUCAGUGGAGAAGGUAUACCACCCUCUUGAACCGAGAACGCAGUAUUAAGCGGGGAGGUAUUUCUGGCUGUCAUUAAGCAGGCAUUUGAUUUGUUGCAAGUCCCUGGUCUGGUUAAAGCUGAAGGGGGCAAUAAGCACCUUUAUUUCAAGCUAACAGGAAGGAGCAACAAAAUGCCCCUUUUAUGCAAUGAUAGCAACCCAGAGCACUGGGCUGCACGGUACAGCCCAAGUGGUGGUGAACUGCCUGGGACUGGUUACAAACACAGAGAGGAUCGUUGGCAAGCCGUGUCUGCAUUAGUAAAGAGAAACAGGAGCGAGUGCUGUCCUGGGGGUGGGGAGCAGAGAGCAGGGCUUCGCAAGCACAGUGUCUGCUGAGAACGUGGGUUUGGCGAUUGCCACCGUCUGUUACAGCUGUUUCAGAGAAACAGGAUUUUGGUGCAAUCCUAUUUGCUGCAAUCCUAUCAGCAACUCCUCCUAAUGGAAACUACCUUGCAAGGCCUGGCUUACUGGCUAACAGUAUUACAGAUACGGGAGAAGAGUUGAGACUUUGGGGAAAAAACAGCCUACAGCCGCCAUAACAUGAGCAAGAGAGAUCUUGAAUUGUCAUACUAAGGACUUGAGAGAAAACCAGGUGUUCAGUGCUGGACUCCGGCACCGCUUUGCCUGCACUGGAAUAAGGAACACAGUAUUGGCUCCCCUGCCAUAGGAAGCUGUCUGGCCCUGAAACUGCGCAAUGUGACAAAACAAACCAUAGGUAGGGACCUACUUAAUUUGUCAUUUCAUAGAAACUGCAAAAAUCAGGCACUGUCUGCAAAAUCUACAAAAAAUAAUAAUUAAAACGCCAGCUCCCAGUGGGAGCCAGCAGCAGUCUUCACAGCCCUUGCGGCCUAGCCUUGCAGCCCACUGGGAGAGGGGGAAGCCACCUUUGCGAUGGGAAGCAAGAUGGCAGCCACCCCCACUCCCCCAUUGGCUGAGAGGGGUGUCCAUCAUGUGGCCUCACCCCUCUCCACCAAACAGCAGCAAGG